AUUUUGUGAUAAAAAUUUCAAGGAAAAAAAAAACACACAACCUCCUUCCUCCCUUCCUUCGGGGAGGGAAGAGAGGGGGGAAAAUCUAUCUCCAGACAGACAGAAAAGAAAGAGGAGCAAAUUAACAACCAGGAGUUGCCAAAACCAGGAUAUUAGGUUUCAGCCCAGAGAGCUAUUGGCUCUGGGGCUAGGUAUAUAAAUAUAUAUCUGGAGAGAGAGAGGAGAGGAGAGGAGAGAGAGAGAGGGGACAUAGGGAGGAAGAAGAAGGAGAAGAGAAAAGAAGAGGAGGAGGAGAGGAAAGGAGGAGGAGGGCGAUUUUGCGCGGGUGGUGCUUGGUGGGCAGAUGUUAAUUCACAUGGAAAUGAAAUAUUUAUUUCUUUUGCAGGAAGAGGCUGUGGUGGUGGCUACUGAGGGCACCUCCAAAAUGUGAUUCUUAAAGGGGGAGAGGCAAACAAGGAGGGAGAGAGAGAGAGAGAGAGAGAGCGAGGAGAGAGAGGGGGAGAGAGAGAGGACAGAUAAGGUUUCAGGGCUAGGCUGAUAGCUGCAAGGUGGGCGGCGGGAGAGGAUGGUGGGGGGGCUGCCCCUCUCUCGGAGGCCAUGCAAAUGUAGAGGAGAGGAGGAAGAAAAGCCCCUCUUUUAAUGACUCACUGAUUGAGCCGGUUUAAAAUUAGUUAUUGUUUUGUUUGGGCUUUUUUUCCCCUCUCCUGGCCACCCCCUUGGCCGUCGAGAGAGGGAGAGAAAGUGUGUGUGUGUGUGUGUCUGCGAGUGUGACUGAGGGUGUGUGUCUGUGAGGAAGAGGGGAAUCAAGUGUGUAUGUGUGUGUGAGAGGGAGAGGGAGAAAGAAAAAUAAUCUUUUCAAAUCUCCUCCCUCUUUUUUUCCCCCCUCGUUUCUUUGCUUUUCUCUAAAGCUCUCUGGUCUGUGGAACACUUUCUUCCUCCUCCUCAGGAAAAUGGAGACGCUCCGUCUUCUCGCUCCUGGGCGGGAAGCUGCCGAGGAUUUUUCUUUUCUUUUGCCUCCCCGGUUGGAUUUGUUUUCAGCGAUCAUUUCUUCCCAUCUCGUAUUAAUUUUCACCGCCUUUCUAGCAUGGGUUGCGCUUUUUGACGGGGAUUCUUUUUUCUUCUUCUUAAUUUCGUUCCUUAUUAUUUUUUUGUCUCCAGUCUCCACCAAUUUCUUGCCUUUGCGUCCUUGUUUCAAGGAAUGGAAAUGAUUUGUUUCGGUGUAUAUAAUUCUGGGUCGGUAGGAUUUAAAAUCCAUUUCUGUUGUUAUUUAUGUUUUUUUUAAUCUGCAAGUAUAAUAAAUAUUCUACAUCUGUAACAAUGCUUUCGUUUUUGCCUUUUGAAGACUGUAUCUGGCAUGGGAUUAAUUUUCCAAAAAAUGAUCGUGAGUUGGUUUUGGUUAAAGAACGGGAGGGGGUGGAGAGAAAUUUAUAAAGAAUGGAUUGAAAACCCGAUGGAUCAUUUUGGGUGCGUUUUUUUUUUGGGUUGAGGAGUGGGCAAUACUCUUAAUAGGGAAUGCAAGUACAGUAGGUUUGCAGAAAUGGUAGAUUUUUGCUGAGAAGGAAACUCAGGCCUUUGUGUUUUGUCGGGCUUAAUUUCAUCCUUCCUAAAUUGUCUAAUCUCGGAGAAUUUCCGAAUUGAACAUGCAUUUCCAAAGCUCAGUCGACGGAGCCAAUUUUUCCUCACAAGAAUCCUAUUUUCUCCGUGCCGGUCUCUUGCCUUGCCGGCUGGAGGGUCAGAAACAAGGGAAGAUGGCGCUGCCUGGCCAUCGGCCAGGAUUUGUGGCGCAGUUUCUUCUCUUUCGCUCCCUGCGGCCGCCAUUUUGAAAUGCUUUUAAUACGAGGCUUUCUCCUUCGGCUGGGGCGUCGUCUUCCUCUAUUUCGUGGAGUUGCUUUCCCUCUCUCAAACUAGAGCAAAAAUGGAAACGGGGACCUUCUUCACCUUUAUGAAAUGGUUUCCAAAGGGGUGAAAUAUCUUUUACUGCGACUCAUUUGAAGGAGAAAUCGUACGAAGGUUGAUGGUGCCACGUAAUUUAUUGCUUUUAACAAUAAUUACAAGCCCAGUUUCUUGUUCUAUAGAACAAUUAGCAUUCGUUUUAAAAAGUUCUUACGUCUUUAUUUUCAUUUAUAACCUACCUUCUUAUGAAGAAUACUAGUGGUUAUGGGGACAAAUGGCAACGAUUAUCAUUGUUAAUUGUUGUGAACUCCUUUUAUAGAAAUUACCAUUUUGUGUUCCCCACCAGAUUGGGAUAUAAAUCCUUGAAAUAGUCUAGCCUCGAACGUAUAAAUCACAUAGAUUCAAUAGAGGAAAACAUCUAUGUGAUGCAAUUGUCAUGGAUGAUGAUGAUGAUGAGUCCUGUCUCUUUGAUCUUAUUGGAGAUCCACAGGCACUGAAUUACUUUCUACACGGAGGGGGUAGUAAAUCUAAUAGUGAAGACUUGAGUAACAUAGGAUAUUCUGCAGCCAACUCAAAUUCCAUUUUUGCCAAUACCAGCAGCUCUGAUCCUAAGUCAUCAAUCAAAGGUGUUGGUGGUCAGCUUGGAGAAGGGUCUAAUGAUGGACUACAGUUGCCAAGUACCCUUCAGUUUCUUGAUGAUGAACUUGAAUCAUCUCCAUUGCCUGAUCUUAGUGAAGAUCAGCCUUUUGAUAUCCUCCAGAAAUCUUUGCAAGAAGCUAAUAUUACUGAGCAGACUUUGGCAGAAGAGGCUUAUUUGGAUGCCAACAUAGGUUCCAAUCAACAGUUUGCACAAACACAGCUUCAUCCUUCCUCAUCAGCAUCUUUUACUCAGGCUUCUAAUGUUUCUAAUUACUCAGGUCAAACGCUGCAACCUAUUGGAGUUACUCAAGUAGUACAGCCACCAGUUGGAGCAUCUUUUACAAGCAAUACAGUUGGUGUGCAACAUGGCUUUAUGCAACAUGUGGGGAUCAGUGUUCCCAGUCAGCAUUUGUCAAACAGUCAGAUUGGUAAUUCUGGACAAAUACAACUAAUUGGUUCAUUUAGUAAUCAACCUUCUAUGAUGGCCAUAAAUAAUCUUGAAGGAUCUCAUAUUAUAUUGAAGGGUGGCGGACAACAAGCACCUGCAAACAUGAGUAGUGGACUUUUGGUUCAUAGACAAACUCCUAAUGGGAACUCAUUGUUUGGCAAUUCAAAUUCAAGCCCAGUAGCACAACCUGUAACUGUUCCAUUUAAUAGUACAAAUUUUCAGGCAUCGUUGCCUGUACACAACAUCAUUAUACAGAGGGGUCUUGCUCCAAAUUCUAACAAAAUUCCCAUCAAUAUUCAACCCAAACCAAUUCAGAUGGGACAGCAAGCCACUUACAAUGUAAAUAGCUUAGGAAUACAGCAGCAUCAUGUACAACAAGGGAUUCCCUUUGCUUCAUCAAAUUCCCCUCAGAAUUCAGUAGUUGGUCCACAUAUGUCUGUUAAUAUUGUUAGUCAACAAAAUUCAAGAAAACCAGUUACUCCCCAAACAGUAAGUAAUGCCAGUGGUAGCAUUGUUAUCCAUUCUCCAAUGGGACAACCUCAUGCGUCUCAGAAUCAGUUUCUUAUACCCACAAGUCUCUCUGUAAAUCCCAGUCCAGUUCAUCAUGUCCAGACUGUAAAUGGACAGCUGCUUCAGAAUCAGUCUUCACAACUUGUUUCCAGUCAAGUAUCCACUGAGCAUGUUAUGUUAAAUAGAAAUUCUACGAAUAUGCUCAGAAAUAACCAAACAUAUUCAGGACAAAUGCUGAAUAAUCAGAAUGCUGUACAGUUAGUUUCUGGUCAGACAUUUUCUCCUUCUGGAAACCAAGUUCUAGUCAACCAUGGAACUUCUCAAAUUGUUGGUGGUCAGGUUCCACUGCAACAAUCCUCUUCCGCUGUAUUACAUUUAUCUCCAAACCAAGGAAACCUUUCCCAAGGCAGAACAGGAUUUUCAGCAGCGUCUCCUGUACAGGCAACUGGUUCAAAUAUAUCUUCAAGUAAUCGUUUUACUGUUGUGAGUUCCUCUGCUACAGUACAUUCAAACAUUGGCUCAUCGGCUCAGUCUGUAGCUUCAAGUGGAAGCUUUGCUGGAGAUCAACUUACACAGCAAAAUAGAACUCAGUUGUCAGUCAGUGUAUCACAUCGACUUCCAGUUUCUUCUUCAAAACCUAUCAGCAGUUUUAGUCACACAUCAGUAACCCAGCCACCAUUUUCUUUUGGACAGAUUCAAAAAAAAGCAACCAACCUGGCAUCUUCAGUUGCAUCAUCAAAAUCACAGGACAACUUGAGACAACCACAGCCAACAAAUCUUUUAGGACAAGAUUCUGGAACCAAAAUCAUACAGCAACCUAUAGGAACAGUGUUACCACACCAAGAAAAAACAGCAGGGUCAUUGCUUGCUCAAACAAAUAUGCAGGUGGAUGGUCAGAUAAUAGGACAAAAGAGACCUGCUGCUAAACAAUUAACCAAAGGAGCCUUCAUUCUACAGCAAUUACAGAAAGAUCAGGCACAGGCUGUAACCCCUGACAAAAGUCAGUUCAGAUCUUUAAGGGAUGCAGUCCAGAGACUUCUUUCAUAUCAUGUGUGCCAAGGAUCACUGCCAACUGAAGAGGAUUUAAGGAAAGUGGAUAAUGAAUUUGAAUCUGCAGCAACACAUCUUCUGAAAAGAACACAGUCAAUGCUAAAUAAAUACAGAUGUCUUCUUUUGGAAGAUGCAAUGAGAAUAAAUCCUUCAGCAGAAAUGGUAAUGAUUGACAGGAUGUUUAACCAGGAAGAAAGACAAUCUCUGUCCCGGGAUAAACGUCUUGCAAUAGUUGAUCCUGAUGGUUUUCUGGCAGACUUUUGUUGCUCAUCCACACAAUAUGACAAGAGUGAUGAUGACACACAGCUUCACGAAAGUGAUCAUCAAACUAGCAAAUCUUUAACUUUUCAAAACCAGACUGCUAAUACCCAAAUGAGAGACAAGUCAAGCACAGCAGAGUCUUUAAUGUGCAACAAACUUCAUGUAGUGCCUAACAAUAUUGUGAGUCCACCACAAGAAAACAUUUCUGUUAAAAAAGCAGAUCUUGCAAAAGCUUUAACAUUUGAGAAAUGCUCUUCUGAAAGCUGCUCUCCCGAAAGCCAACAUAUGGCUUCUUCUGAACAAAAAAUUGCUCUUAAAGGUCUUGACAAGUUGAAUGAAAAUUCUUUAGCUUCUAAAGCUCAUUCAUAUAAACUCUUAUCAAAUGCAGAUCGUGGUACGCAUAAUAAAACUUGUUGGAAUACAGUUGAUUCUCAUUCAGAAACAGCAUAUAAUCAUUCCCUCCAAGAUAAAACUCCUCGGAGUUCUCCAAAGAAUGUGGAUUUGCCACCAGACAACUGGAAAGUUUCUGGAAAACCCCAAAAGGAUUUGCUUGCCAAUAAGAGUUUAGAAAGUACAUUCAAAAAUAUAGUAGAAUUGAAAAAGACUGAAAGGCAGCCACAAAGUGAGGCAGCUGCUAGUGGCUCGCUAGAGUAUCCUAACUGUUCACUUACUGCUCCGCAGGAAAACUGCCUGGAGAAGUUUAUUCCAGACCACAAUGAAAGCAUUGUAGAAACUGACUCUCUUUUGGAAGCUGCUGUAAAUAGUAUCUUAGAGUGUUAAUAGUUACAGUACUGUGGACAAAUCUUCCUUAGAAACAAAUGUGAAAGAUACCACUGAUGUGUACUUUCUAAAGUAGGUUCUGUUCUUUGUUUGAGAGCAAUACUCAUUGUGGUUACAGUGAGGUAUCCAGUAAUAUAAAACCUUAAGAGAAAACUGUUUGGUAAGGCCUAUUCGUUGGCUGUGAUUGAAUGUAAUUCUCAACCAUGUUCUUUACCAUUUCAAGAAUGAUUCUCAGUGAGUCUUUCCCUUCCCUCUCUUCUUCCAACUCAACUGGUAAGAUCAGAAGCUUUUGUUUCUAUUUUAAACUAUAGUUUAAUGUGUUGCCUGAGGUUGAAGCUAUAAUGAGUAACUAGAUUCAUGAACCAUGAUUUACAAUUUUUGGCUUUCCAAUAGUUACAAUUAGGGUUGUAUAAUCCAGAGUUGGCAACAUGACAAAACUGUGGUUAAUAAAAUAUGGAACAGAAAAUUCCCAACAUCUUUUAUCAUGAUCUGUGGCUAAGUGUUACACUCUAACCACCGGAUUACAUUGCUCGUAUAAACAGUUUUGAUGUUGCAGCUUAAUGAAACAUUAAUUUACUAAACCGUACAUAAUGUAGUAUACUGGUAUUGACAAUCACAGUCUACUAAGAGGUGUAAAUACCAUCAAUAUUUAAUAAGAAAAAUUUAAAAUGCUCUCUAUAUCCUGUCAGAAUUUAAAUCUCUAGUUAAAAUUUUUACAGUUUACCUUUGCAGAAAUGUCUUUGUCAGAUUUACAAGAAAUGGAGAAAAAAAUGUAAACAGAAAUUAUAAGCAGAAUUUACAGAGUUUUAUACUUCAAGUGCUAUUCAACUGCUCCAUAAGCAGAAACCAAUAUAAUUCAGAGGAAUAACAUUGUAGAGUUUAAGUUAAUUUGGUAUGGAACAAUAAACAUAAAGUUUAUAAAAGCUAGUAGAUAGGAAAUAUAAAAAGAGGCUACAAAGUAGUCAUGCACAUAACAUACACAUAUACCCCAAAACACCUUUUUGAUUGACACAUUGAUUCUUCAGCAAAAGCUUUUGUAUUUUAUAAUUGGAUAUAAUCAACUAAAUAUUUCUGAAAUUGUAUUAUGUUUUUCUAAACAAAGUAUGACAAGCAUUUUUACUUAAAAAUUGUGUUGUUAUAGUAGAUGUUUAUAGUUUAAGGAGUACUAGGCUUAAUCUGAACAAGUUAAAGGACAGUGUUAUUUUGGUUGUUUCUGCUUCUAAUUGUUCAGAAUGUUAAUCCAUUUGCAGCAGUGGUCGUAUUACCAAAACACAUACAAACCAAAGUUAAAUUUCUAUCCAUUAACAAAAUUACAUGUAAAAGCAUAUAUCUCAUCAUCUAGAGACAAAGGAACCUCACGCAUGGUUUGCAUUUGGCUGGUGAUCAUAUUGAUAAUGUAAAUUUCUUUAUUUAAAUUUUUCCUUCUAGGUUGCCAGGUUUAAAGAAAAAAAAUCUACAAACUUUCUUUAAUGCUGUUGCAUACAAUUAUGCCCGCUCAAAAGGACAGAGAACUGUGAUUUAUAAGACGCUUUGUCUGCAGCUUCUCUUUACAGAAAUAUUUAAAAUUUAUUGAGGACUCUCUGAUGCUGAUCUGAUGGAGAUCUUCAUUCAGUUGUAAAGCUCCAUGUAGUUUUGCUACAUAGCAAUGAUGAACUGGUUGUCUGUCAGAUUGCCAGAAUGUUUAGAGUCACAUUUUCCUUUCUUUAUUCCAAAUAAUUCAGCAAAACUGAAUUCUGUUAUAUUAUUCAACACAGAAAACACACUACCAUUCUUGUAUUGUGAUCACGUUGCCAUGGAUUAAUAAUAUCAUUUAAUUCAGCAAAAGAGUAACAGUUAAUGUACCAUCCACAUAUAAUAGGAAUAGAAAAAUGUUUAAUUUUAUUGCCUCCUUUAAAAAAAAAAGUGUGUGGAUUUUAAAGUCACAGGCUUAGGAUUUUGUACACUUCAUGGCAACCAUAAUUUAAAUAACUAUAAUUGGUGGCUUGGCAUUUUCACAAAUUUAUUUUUUGCGAGGAUGGCUUCAAUUAUUUGUUUCUUUUAAGUAACAUAAAGAGAAUAGAAGGUGCUUUUCCCUCAAGGUUUUGUGAAGGAAACAUAAUUGAACUGUAACCAUAAUGAGGUAAUUUGGAAAGCAGGGUGUAUAUUGCACCAGUCACAUAAAUUGGUUUAAGUAGUAUCUGAUUGGAAAUGUAAAAAAAAAUGUUCACAUUUGUACAACUUCUUAUUUUGAUUUUACCUGCUAGUGUAAAGUUCCCAUUGUAUGUACAGAAUAUUCUGAACCUAAAUACCAAAAUAAAGUGUAUAUGUUUUGAAUCUUAGGUGAGAGUUUAAUUUUAGAUAACGUCUUAGCCAAGACAUCUGAAAUGCACUUCAUCAAUGUGGAUUAAAUCAUACCUAUAUUUAUCCCAGGAUUUUGUGCUGGGAACCCACUGAACGAAGUUCAGCUGAAUUAACCUGGGAUAGCUAAUGUAUUUAUUUAUUAAACUGAACUUGGUUUUAGAGUUCUGAAUAUUUUAAAUGGUAAUGCAGUAAAAAUAUUUUUGUUCAUUGUAAAGAAACAAAGUGUGAAUUUGUUAUGCAGCCCAUGAUCCUAAAUCCAGUGAAGGCCAUUUAUUUGUGCUUACCUGCUUUGUAGAUUUGGUCUCUUGACUACCUGAUGUCUUUCCACAUUGUCUAAAGUUAAAACAUUUUUAGCUGGCAACUAUAAAAAAUCUGAUUCAACAAGGUCAGCAUAACUGAUCUGUUAGAUUUGGGAGGCCUUACAGACUGACUUUACUGAAAGAGGAUGUGUCACUUUUUGUCAAUGUAAUAUGAACUUCAUUUGCUUAAAAACUUUCAUUUGUAUAGUAUGUCUCACUUGAAAUUGCUUUGUAUACAUUUUGUAAAAAUAUUUAUAAAA